CAGGUUUACAUCAGCCGGGCGGGGAUGGGAGCCUGCCUCCCCGGGCCGCGGCUCUGCAGCAGCGGAAGCGGCUGCCGCCGAGGACGCGGACGCUGGGUCUGGCCCGGGCGUGCUCGGGACUCCGCGAUCUGCUCAGCGAGGGGGGCCGCGGUCCACGUGCGCGGGCGCUGGCGGCUCCGAGACCCGAGAGGAACCCCAAGACAAGAUGCGAGGCGCCCCUCCGGUUGCUUCUGCUGGUGCUUCAUGCAGGAAGAAACCGUUGGAGUUCGAGGACAACAACGUCGACACGGAGGGUCCAGUCCUAAAACGAGUGAGAGGUGGGCUCGAGCCUGGGCCGCCUCCCAGCCUGCUGCCCCCCAGCCCACCUCCUACCUCAGACUUAUCACCGGCUGUGGCCCCGGCAACGCGGCUGGGGCCCUACGUCCUUUUGGAACGGGAGCAAGGCAGCUGCGCGUUUCGGGCCCUGCACUGCCCCACAGGCACAGAGUACACCUGCAAGGUGUACCCUGCCAGCGAUGCCCAGUCGGUGCUGGCACCCUAUGCACGUCUGCCCACCCACCAGCAUGUGGCCCGUCCCACAGACGUCCUGCUUGGCACUCAGUUCCUCUAUACCUUCUUCACAAAGACCCACGGCGAUUUGCACAGUUUGGUGCGCAGCCGGCGCGGUGUCCCUGAGCCGGAGGCCGUUGCACUCUUCCGGCAGAUGGCUACUGCAGUGGCACACUGCCACCAGCAUGGGCUUGUCUUGCGAGACCUCAAGCUGCGUCGCUUUGUCUUCAGCAACUGUGAGAGGACAAAGCUGGUGCUUGAGAACCUGGAGGAUGCCUGUGUGGUGACUGGACCAGAUGACUCUCUGUGGGACAAGCAUGCUUGCCCUGCCUACGUGGGACCAGAGAUACUCAGCUCCCGGCCAUCCUACUCCGGCAAAGCAGCUGAUGUCUGGAGCCUGGGCGUGGCACUCUUCACCAUGCUAGCUGGUCACUACCCUUUCCAGGACUCUGAGCCAGCACUGCUCUUUGGCAAGAUCCGUAGAGGGACCUUUGCCCUACCAGAGGGCCUGUCAGCCCCAGCUCGCUGCCUGAUCCGAUGUCUCCUCCGGAAGGAGCCUUUAGAGCGGCUAGUGGCCCCCAGCAUCCUGCUCCAUCCCUGGUUGAGGGAGGAUCACAGCCACAUCUCUUCUCCUCAGUCUGGCCGCUGGGAGACCGACCAGGUGGUCCCAGAAGGCCCAGGGCUGGAGGAGGUUGAGGAAGGGGAGCUAGGACUGUAUGGCUAGGCCACCUUACUGGCCCUUUAGCUGUAAGCUGUAAGUUGAGUACAAGCUUUCUCCUGCCUCUUUGGGCCAAGCUAAACCUUAAGUGCCCUUUUGGAGGAAGAAACUGCCAAUGUGCCCCAAGCAUUCCUGUAUUCUCCCACAGGCAUUGCAGGGUGAUGCUCGCUGGGUGCCAAGCCCUGUUCUAGGUGCUGGGAACAGCAAACAACAAGGGGGAGAAAAAUACCUUGCUGGUCCAGUUGCCACAGUGCCAUGAGCUCCCAGGCCAGCAUCUGCUGUCAGCCCUCGGCGCAUUGCAUACCAGGGUUGGUUCUCUGGGCUGGUACUAGGCUUCUGUUCACAAGACAGUCUCCUUCAUCAGUGCCCCAGCUGCCUUCUAUCGUGUGCCUUUAAACAAGGGGAACAUCUCUGUGCCAAAGACCAAAGUCCUCAUUCACCCUGUGCCUCAGGACCACAAGUCAGGCCAGGAGAAGAUUGUGCUGCUGGGCUGUGGCCUCCAGGCAGAACCUGCUUGAAGACCUAGCCCAGGAUUUAAGCCGAAAGGAUGAGACUCCACAAGCGAGGCGCCUGACUCACGGAAUGGUGUGGAAUGAGGAUCUAGUUCACACUGGUAGCCUUCAACUGGCGCACCAAGGUUGGAGGGCAAGGACCAGGCAGGGACCGUCCUCCUGCCAUAAAGUCUCAGGCCCUGUUCUGGGGACUCUUCAUACCGGUAUGAUGGCUCUUGUUUGGCUGUGUAUGUGUUUUCACUGUGUGCCUAAUAAAAGAGAGCUGUGUAGUUCUGUAUGUCA